AUGUCCACAGUACCACUUCCUUCUGAUUACAACUCUUUCCUCUACAAAUCACUUAACCAAGCUGACCCUGAGAUUGAUCAAAUCAUCAAAGACGAAACUCAUCGUCAAUUCACCGGGUUAGAACUUAUUGCCUCUGAAAAUCUCACUUCCCUUGCCGUAUUAGAAGCAAACGGCUCUAUCCUCUCAAACAAGUACUCUGAAGGUUUACCUGGCGCUCGUUACUACGGUGGCAAUCAACACAUUGACAGAUUAGAAAAAUUAUGUCAAAAGAGAGCCUUGGAAGCUUUCGACUUGGAUGAAAACGUCUGGGGCGUUAACGUACAACCUUACUCCGGCUCUACUGCUAACUUUGCUGCUUUCACCGCUCUCUUACAACCUCAAGAUAGAAUUAUGGGUUUAGGCUUGCCUGACGGUGGUCACCUUACUCACGGUUAUUAUACCGCAAAGAAGAAGAUCACUGCCUCUUCCAUCUACUUCCAAUCAUUCCCUUACCAAGUCGACAGAUCAACUGGUCUUAUCGACUACGACACUUUGGAAACCAACGCUAAUCUUUUCAAGCCUCGCUUACUGGUUUGCGGUGGUUCUGCUUACCCUCGCGACUGGGACUACGAAAGAUUGCGCAAGGUCGCUGACCAGCAUGGCUCUUACCUUUUAAUGGACAUGGCUCACAUUUCCGGUUUGGUCUCUGGUAAAGUUCAAAACUCUCCAUUCGAUUUGUGUGAUGUCGUCACUACUACUACACAUAAAACCUUGAGAGGUCCAAGAGCUGGUUUAAUCUUCUUCCGUAAAGAUAAGGAGUCCGAUUUAGAAUCAAGAGUUAAUGCCGCUGUCUUCCCUGCUUGUCAAGGUGGUCCACACAACAACACUAUCGCUGGUAUCGCGGUUGCUUUGAAGCAAGCCUCCUCACCUGAAUUCAAGGACUACGCAAAGGCUGUCAUUGACAACAGCAGAAUCAUCGCUGAAGAACUCCUCAAACAUGGCUACAAACUUCAAACAUCUGGCUCCGAUAACCACUUAGUGUUGUGGGAUCUGAGACCUUUAGGUAUUGCUGGCUCAAAGAUUGAAACCAUUUGCGAUUUAUUGCACAUCACCCUCAAUAAGAAUGCUGUUGCCGGUGACACCUCCGCUGUCGUACCAGGUGGUGUAAGAAUUGGUACAGCUGCUUUGACUUCUAGAUCUAUGAAGGGUGAAGAAAUGAAGCAAGUCGCUCAAUUCCUUCAUCGUAGCGUUCAAAUCGCGAUUGAAGCUCAAAAAUUGGCUGGAAAUAAAUUAUUGAAGAACUUUGUCAAUGUCGUCAACACUAACGAAAAGAUUAGCAACGAUGUCAAGACUCUUAACAAGGAAGUUCACGACUUUAGUGUCAAAUUCCCAUUACCAGGUGUUCCAGACACUUCAGUCAUCCAGCCACCAAGCGUUUAG